AUGGCGACGUUCUCGUUGAACCUGCAGCGUCGCGUGGAGCCGGGUUUAACGGCUUGCGGCAAGUUUGACGGUUCGCACGCCUGCCUCGCGGCUGCAACCUCUGCCGGAAAUGUCCUGGUGCACAGUCCGCAUCGCGACGCCGCCGCUAAUCCGAGCCAAUCUUUCGGUGAGGAGACAAGGCUGUCCUGGGUCGGAGAACUCGCGGAGCUACAGAUCGGCCGACAGGUGACAGCACUGUGCACGGGGCGUCUAGGCGAAGACGAGCGAGACGUUCUCCUGGUGGGCACGGCCACUCACGUGCUCGCGUACCACGUAGAGGAUAACGCCGAUCUGUUCUACAAAGAGCUGGCCGACGGCGCGUUUUGCAUCGCCGUGGGAAAGCUGGGCUGGCUGCCCAACCAAGUAGCCGUGAUCGGUGGGAACUGCUCCAUCACCGUGUUGGACUAUCAGGGCGAAGAGGUGUUCUGGACGGUGUCCAGGGACAGAGUCAGCGCUCUGGCGCUUUUUGACUUUAACGGCGACGGCGACGACGAGCUGUUGUCAGGCACGUCGGACUUCGGCAUAAAGGUACAGAGGCAGGACGCGGUGCUGUGGGAAACGAUGGAGAACGCAUCGGUGGUCCAGCUGCUCGCACUGGCGCAGCGCCAGUUCGCCUACGCGACUCGCCUAGAUGGAAACGGUACCGUGGGCGUGUACGACUCCGGGCACAUACUCUGGCGAAUCAAGUCGAAGCACAGGGUGAUCUCGCUGCGAGCUUUCGACUUGAACGGCAACGGCGCGAUGGAGCUUGUGACGGGCUGGAGCAGCGGCAAAGUCGACGGCCGACUCAUCUCGAACGGGCAGGUGAUUUUCAAGCUGCAGUUGACGUCGUCGAUCGCCGGACUCGUCGAAGCCGACUACCGUAGAACCGGCAGAGCCGACCUCGUCGUCGUCACGGUCGCGGGAGAAGUGCGAGGAUACGCGAUGGGCUCGGUGCUCGAGUCCGCCGAGCCAGGGGACGCGUAUCGCGAGCUGAUGGCCAAGAAGCAAUCCUUGCUCAUGGAGCUGCGGCAGCGCAGCAUCUCCGAGUCCAACUACUUCGUCGGCUCGAAACUGGCGAUCAGCAUAGCCUCUGCCCGCGGUGCUGUUCGUCUCGGCUUGGCCUCGGGACCCGGAUUGCUCAUUCACUACGCAAUGGUGUUCGCCGAGGGCAUUUUCGAGGGCGAGAGCUUGGUGACCCAUCCGCCGAAACCCCAGGGCGAGCUCGAGAUCCCCCUGUAUUUCCCGAGGAACGGCCCCAUCGACAUUCACGUGAAGACUUGCGUGGGCGCUGCCAACUCGGAUCUGAUGAUGGUGCUGGAGCUGACGCACCAGUUGGCGCAGUUCUGCAUGUACGAGGUGAUCCCGAAGCCAACCGACCUGCCGGACAGCUUCAAGGAAUGCGGCGUGACUACGGAGAUAGCCGAGCGAGCCCAGCGAGUGGCGCUCUGGCUCAAUCAGAGCCUCAUCCUUUCCACGGAGAUCCAAGUGGUGGACAUAGGCCCGGAAGCGGGCAGUCUGGAGAUCUGGCUGCGUGGCUUGCGCGAUCAGAAGGUGCACAACCUCGAGGUGGACCCCACGGGCAGGCUGAGCCUGCGCACCGAGGACCCGUUGUUCGCCGGCGACGUCGUGCAGUCGCUGGCCGUCUACCUCGGCAUCAGGGAGCUCAGCUCCGAGGCCAAGUUUCCCGCCGAGGAGCAACGCAUGCGCGACGCCCUGGACAAGUUCCGAGGUUACAAGGAGGUGGAAGCUCGGCUGCAGGCCGAGAACGCGGGCAGCUCGAGUCUCGUGAAAAACCUGGUGAUCCGACUGGAAGAUGCAAGGCUAAUCGAAAACAUCGAGGGGAUGAGACGCCGACUCAACCAGCUCAAAGCCGUCAACUCGGAUUUGAUCAGAGACCACGAGAUUCGCUCGAAAAGCUUCGCCGAACUCGUCGCCGUGCUCAAGGAGCUCAACCUCGGUGUUCAGAAUGCGUCGCGUCUGCGAGUUGGCAAAGCAGCUACGAAUUGUGUACAGCGCUGCAGAACAGCCAUCAAGGAAGAGAAUGGCAAAGCUCUAGCCCUGGCUAUGAGGCAUGGUUGAGGAUUUCAC